ACUUUUUAUUCGUAAAACCCCGUUUCUCUUUGUUCUAUCAUGUAACAUUGUUUGAACUGAAACACUGCCAUGUCCUUUCUUCAGUGGCGCGCAGCCUCAAUAUUGCAUGGUUCCCCCUCUCUGCCAUUGCACCUGGAGCCGUACAACACCGGUAUCACUUAUUAUAGGAUCAUGUCGAGAGCCUCGCGAGUGGCGCUUCACCUCCACGCUUUCUCAUCUCGCGUCUCCUCCACGCGCCCCAUUUCCUCACUCUUUCUCCACAGGAAUGUUUAUAAUAAUUCACCGUUGUUGGAUGCUGCAAAUGUAAAAUUUACCGAUUAUGAUAGCAAUUGUCGAGCUAGAAAGAUAUGGACUUCCACUCCUGUUUGUAUGGGCAGACGCUCCAGCAAAAUCGCCGGACGAAAGGAAGCCAAUAAUGCAAAGAAAGCUAAACUAUACUCAAGGAUUGGGAAGGAAGUUGUGUCUGCUGUAAAGAAAGGUGGUCCGAAUGUAAUGUCUAAUUCAGCACUGGCUGCUGUACUUGAGAAAGUAAAGGAGCUGGAUGUUCCUAGGGAUAUUGUCGAGCGCAACAUCAAGAGAGCAACUGAGAAGGGACAAGAGGCUUACAUUGAGAAAAUUUAUGAGGUUUAUGGUUAUGGAGGAGUUAGUAUGGUAGUUGAGGUAUCAACUGAUAAGAUAAAUCGUUCUAUAGCAAAGAUUAGAGAUGUGGUCAAGGACUGUGGAGGAAAGAUGGCAGAUUCUGGGUCUGUGUUGUUUAAGUUUACGCGUGCUCGGGUAGUAAACAUUAAAGUCAGUGAUGCUGACAAAGAUCAGCUGCUUGGAAUUGCUUUAGAUGCUGGAGCUGAGGAUGUAAUUGAUCCUCCAACUUAUGAAGAUGAUACUGAAGAGGAUAGGUCAGAAAGGUAUUAUAAAAUUGUUGGUUCUUCAGAGAACUAUUCGUCUAUAGUAUCAAAGUUGCGAGAGGAGGGCAUAGAUUUUGAGCCUGAUAAUGGUUCCGAGCUUCUUCCAAAUACCACCAUUGAGGUAGACGAUGAGGCUAUGGACUUGAACAGAGAACUUAUCAGCAAAUUACUUGAGCUUGAUGAUGUUGACGCUGUUUAUACAGAUCAGAAAUAAUAAUUUUUGUUUCUUUAAGAAGCUGCUCAGCAGACUAAUCAUUGUUAUUCUUUGAAAUUUGGUUAGUCUUUACAUGGUCUAUUUGCAAAUGCAAAUUAGGCUCAAAAAGUCAUUAGAGAUUCCUCCCUCAAAAACUUAUUUGCCAGAUAUGCAGAUCUGACUCGUGGACUGUAAUAUGUUCGUUUUUCCUUUGCCAGGGUAGCCAGAAGCAUGUUUUCUGAGAAGGGAAUUUCAUUUUGAAUUUUUGAUUCAUAAUUGAGGUUAUUUAAAUAA